CCAAAUUCUAGGAGCACCCCCCUUCCGUCCGUCGCAGGCUUUAAUGGUCGCCUAGCGCCAGCUCGUCGGAAUCCGGGAGUCAGCUUCUCCACUUCCCUCCGCCUCUCUCGCUCGCUCGCUCUCCACCCACAUCGCCAACAGCCAACACCGCCUCCGCCGCCGCCGCGGCGGCCCGUCUGACGUCUGUGCAAGGUGAAUGCGUCGGCUCCUCUUGGGGCUUGUGUUCUGAUGGUGGGGGUGGAGCCGCCGGCGCCGCCCUCGCGGACGCCCAUCGCCGCGCGGCUGGCGGCCCGCGGGGUCAGGCCGAGGAGGGUCUCCGCCAGGCGCUCCUGGCCGCCCGGCUGCGGCCGCUUCCGCGCUGCUCCGCCUGCCCCCGAGGCCGGCGACGGCGAGAGGGGCGCCACCAAUGGCGUCAUCCAGGGCAGAGUGGAGGAGGCGGCCAGUCACGCGGGCGUUGCCUCGGCGGCGGCCCGGCCUCAACCGGAUACUGAAGGGUUGGCGGAGAGGACGAAGGAGGUUGGAGAUGCAAUCGACGCCGUCGUUGUUUCAUCGGCAGCGUGCAACGGCGACCUCCCUCACGCCCCGCCUCAGCCGGAGACGAUGCCAGAGGAGAGGAAGGAGGGCAGAGAGACACACAUGGACAGGGCCGGUGUUUCCCCCGUGGUGUGCAACGGUGACCUCCCGCACGCCCUGCCUCAGCCGGAGACCGAGGGGAUGGUGCAGAUGAGGAAGGAGGGUGGAGAGGCACACAUGGAUACUGCCGAUGUUCCCUCUGUGGCAAGUAACAGAGAUCUUCCACACACGCCGCUUCAGCCGGAGACCAUGGUGGUGGUGAGGAAGGAAGGUGGAGAGGCGCAAUCGUCCAGCGGUGGCGAUGCCCGCGGUCAGGCAGAAAGCAGCGCGAUCGAGGUGAUGCCGCUGGCGUUUGCUGCCCCGAAGAGUUUUGCUGUUGCUGCUGCCAAUGGUUCCGUCGAGAAUGGGGGAGAUGGGGCUGAGUCAUUGCUGAUGGAGGGGAACAGAGGCCUGGGGAGUGGUCGAUUGGUCAGGGAGGAGGAUGUGGCUGGCAAUGGCAAUGGCAGUGUGAUGGAAAACAGAACGGGUAAUGGUGAAUUGGAGAGAAAAGAGGAUGGGCAUGAUACAGUGAGAAAGAAGAGGUGGUUGAUGUCUGCUGUAAAUCCCCCUCCCAAGAGGAGGGCCAUCUCAGCUGUACGCAAUUUUCCACCUGGCUGUGGGAGGGAUGCUGUUACUGGAACUGGCAGCAGAGUUGAGGAAGGGUCAGUAUUGGAAGCCACGCCUAUCAGUUUCGCUACAAGGGGCGCCUCUGUAGUGGAUGCCUUGACCACGGCUCCAGUUUCAGGUCAUGGUGCUUCCUCGAUGGUCGUGAGAGAUGCUUCCAGUGAGGAGGUGCAAGGCAAAAGAGCAGAGGUUGUAGGAGCGGGUGAUGGUGAGGUGAGAGGCAAAUUCGAUGGAAGCUUGCGGAAAGGUACUCCUAAGACUUAUGUGAGAAGUCGUUUUGUUGAUGCAAAGACAAAGGGCAAGCGACCAAAGAAUGUCGCAAUGAAUGAUACAUUGCGAGAUGAUGUUGGGGUCUCUGGAGACGGCACGCUGAAAAACAGGAAUUCAAGAGAUGAUGUGCGCUCAAAUAGUAACACGAAGCAUGGCGUUGUGAAGUUGAAGAGUUAUGGCAUAGGCAAGGACUCUUUGAUCAGCUCUUCUAAGGAGUCCAAGUGUGGAAAUCAUGAUAUGACCAAUCAAAGUGAAGAAACCGAUGAUUUGACCUUAAUUAGUGACAAGCUAAUCGUACAAGCAUUGAUGGCUCCAGACAAAUGCCCAUGGACAAAAGGAAGGAAGUCUAAUGCUAGUGCUUCCAACUCUCUUACUCCUAGGAACAAGUCUCUUCCUCCUAAGAAACCAAAGAAAAAGGACGCUACUCCAAGGAAAGAAUUGCCCCCCAAAGUGACACCUUCUACAUCGGCCGUGCAUGAGAAAAUUGAGCAUGGAGAGUACUCUUGCUUGGAAGAUGAUGACAACCCUAUGGCAUUAGUUGUCCCUGAAAGGAAAGAAUUGUGUGUCACUCUCCCUCCUUGUGCUCCUUUUGGGGACCAAAGUGUUGAUGCUCGAAGCAAAGUUAGGAAGUUGCUCAAGUUGUUCCAGUUGAUAUGUCGGAAGCUUAUGCAAGCCGAGGAACAACAAUUACGUAAUGUUGGAAGGAUUGACCUUGAGGCCGUUGAAGUUCUAAAGAAGUAUGAUGGAUAUUCUAAAUCUGAUGCUAUCCUGGGCAAUGUUCCCGGUGUUGUUGUUGGUGAUGAAUUUCAUUUUAGAGUUGAGUUGUCGAUAGUUGGACUACAUAGGAUAUACCAAGGUGGCAUUGACUCCGCCAUUGUGGAUGGUACCCGCAUUGCAAUAAGCAUUGUCGCUUCCGGUGGGUAUCCCGAUGAGUUGUCUAGCUCGGACGAGUUAAUAUAUACCGGCUCCGGAGGUAAAGCCACCGGCAAGAAGGAGGCAGAGGAUCAAAAGCUUAAGGGUGGUAAUCUUGCCUUGAAGAAUUGCAUCAAAACUAAGACUCCGGUCCGAGUGAUUCAUGGGUUCAAAGGUCAAAGUAGAAGUGAAGUUGGGCAUUCUAAAUCCAAGCAAAUAUCGACAUACACUUAUGAUGGGUUAUAUGUGGUGAUGGAUUGUUGGCAAGAAGGAGCAAGUGGCUCGAUGGUCUUCAAGUACAAGUUAAAAAGGAUCCCGGGUCAACCUGAAUUAGCUUUACACAGAGUCAAGGAAACAAGGAUGUCUAAAGUUCGUAAAGGUCUUCGCUGUCCUGAUAUAUCUCUAGAGAAAGAAAGGAUUCCCAUAUGUGUGAUCAACACAAUUGAUGACGCGCAGCCAACACCAUUUGAGUAUAUCACCAAAGUCAUAUAUCCACCGUCGUAUGCAAAAGAACCUCCGCAAGGCUGUGAUUGCACCGACGGUUGCUCGGACUCUAGUAGAUGUGCUUGUGCAGUGAAGAAUGGAGGAGAAAUCCCAUUCAAUUUUAAUGGUGCAAUUGUUCACGCAAAGCCGCUCAUAUAUGAGUGUGGCCCAUCUUGCAGGUGCCCUCCAACAUGCCACAAUAGGGCGAGCCAGCAUGGUAUCAAAAUUCCGCUGGAAAUAUUCAAGACUGGGGAGACAGGUUGGGGUGUAAGAUCUCUCAGUUCUAUCUCUUCAGGCAGUUUCAUAUGCGAGUAUGCAGGUGAGCUAUUGCAAGACACAGAAGCUGAAAAGAGAGAGAACGAUGAGUACCUGUUUGAUAUUGGUCAUAACUACGAUGAUGAAGAACUUUGGAAGGGGCUUCCAUCGAUGAUUCCAGGUUUAGAAUCUUCUACCUCUGAGACAAUGGAGGAGACUGUGGGCUUCACAAUAGAUGCUGCAAAGUGCGGUAACAUCGGAAGAUUCAUCAACCAUAGCUGCUCCCCAAACCUGUAUGCCCAAAAUGUCCUCUGGGACCAUGAUGACAAGAGGAUGCCGCACAUUAUGUUUUUUGCUGCUGAGAACAUUCCUCCGCUUCAAGAGCUGACUUACCACUACAAUUAUACAAUAGGUCAAGUCCGUGACAAGAAUGGUGUGGAGAAGGUAAAGGAGUGCUUGUGUGGUUCCGCUGAUUGCUGUCACAGGCUUUACUAAGUUAUUGGUUUUCGGUGACUGGCGAUGUUAAUGUUCGUAUCCGAUGGAAAUCAGUCCUAUAAUGGCAGUGCUCACUCGCUUUACCUCUGGUGACCUUGCACUCGCUGACGACAUGUAGUGUUUAUUUUCUGUGCCAGUUGAACUAUUAUUUGUUACUGCAUUUUGAAGAACAUAUAAACUCCAAUAGCUGACCCUUUUUGGGUGUUUGGGAGACUUUGAAAGAGUAGUAUGAAGUGUCCAGAAUCAAGCAUUUUGGCGUUGCACAUUCUCCUCUUGAAAUCUUCACAUGGACCUGGAGGAUACAAAUAUGCAAUGAUUAGCUUGUAUGGAGCUUUGCACUGAACAUGCUACUAGUAGUAGGACUAAAGAUGGUGGCUACAAGUGCUCGGAGCUGUGUCGUCUUCCAGUUGCGAUGCCGGGGACAGACUGAAUGAUAAAUUGCUUCUGCACAAGGACUGCCCUGCAUCAUUUUGCUCAACUGUGGAUCGCAAGGCUGUAGCAAGCUGCCGAUAGAAGUUGUGGGUUCAUGCCCCUUUUUUUGUCUUUAUAAAAAUGAAUUUUGUGGAUCCAAUAGUGAGCUGCCCUGUCUUAAAGAGUUGCAGCUCUUCCUGCAUGUAAAGUUUUCAGUGUUGGUUUGGACCAUCAGAUAGACUUGCUGGAGUUGUUUCUCAGAUGCUACCAUGCAACUUCAGGAAAUAUAGAACAUUCCUACUAUUCCCACA